AUGUCCUCGCAACCAACCUCCGUAAGUCAUCACCCAGAGAUCACCCAUACACCCUCUGGAAUAACUCAGCCGGAGGAGUUGCAACAUCCUGCAUAUGACGAGAGGUGUGGACAAAUUGAUUUUAAGCAGAGCGGUUUUGACACAAAUGCAGAAGUUGCAGAUGAUGGACGGAUCAACAUCAACAUCAACGAGCACGGUCGAAGGUUGUCACAGUUCUUAAAUCCAGUUUUUGUGGCACAGAGCAGCCAUACUCACCAUGUACAGACCUCUCUAGCUAGAAUAGAUCAGGGACUUCCUGCGCCACGUCUCAACAUCGUUAUUCAUAUUGUUGGGUCUCGAGGAGACGUACAGCCAUUUGUUGCCCUUGGACGAGAGUUGAAGCAUAUCUACGGUCAUCGUGUACGACUAGCGACCCAUCCUAAUUUUAGAGAAUUUGUACAGGAACACGACCUGGAAUUUUUUAGUAUAGGAGGUGACCCCGCUGAACUCAUGGCGUUCAUGGUGAAAAAUCCAGGCUUGAUGCCCGGUUUCGAUGCGAUGCGCAAUGGCGACAUCGGCAAGCGUCGAAAGGAAAUCGCCGAAAUAAUAUCGGGUUGUUGGAGGUCGUGCUUCGAGGCUGGAGAUGGUACUGGUGUCCCGGUUACUGAUGCUAAUCUUGAUGCCACUCAAAUUGAAAGUGAAAAGCCUUUUGUUGCCCAUGCGAUCAUAGCGAAUCCGCCUAGCUUCGCCCACAUCCAUUGUGCCGAGAAGUUAGGAAUUCCAUUGCACCUCAUGUUCACCAUGCCGUGGUCUCCAACCCAAGCGUUCCACCACCCCUUGGCCAACAUCCAAUUUUCAAACGCCAAAGUGGGAGUCGCCAACUUUGUAUCCUAUGCUCUCGUGGAGUUGAUGACAUGGCAAGGAUUAGGUGAUGUCAUCAAUCGAUUUAGGGAGCGUUCCCUUGGUUUAGAGCCAAUGAGCAUCAUGUCGGCUCCUGGUGUACUUCCGCGACUGCGUAUCCCUUAUACAUUUUGCUGGUCACCAGCUCUGAUCCCCAAACCUAAAGACUGGGGUCCUCAUAUUGAUGUAUCGGGGUUCUUUUUCCUCCCUUUGGCUUCAACGUAUACCCCACCCAAUGAUUUAGCCGAGUUCCUCGCAGCUGGUCCUCCUCCAGUAUAUAUUGGGUUUGGCUCCAUCGUUGUUGAGAAUCCCAAUGCAAUGACUGAACUCAUCUUCGACGCUAUUAAACUAACCGGGCGGAGAGCAUUGGUUUCCAAAGGGUGGGGAGGUUUCGAUGCAGAAGAAAUUAGAAUCCCAGAAGGCAUUUUCAUGAUAGGAAACUGUCCGCAUGACUGGCUAUUCAAACGGGUAAGUUGUGUUGUUCAUCAUGGCGGCGCCGGUACCACCGCUGCAGGUAUUUACUUGGGGAAACCAACCGUUGUGGUUCCUUUCUUUGGUGAUCAACCGUUCUGGGGUUCGAUGGUCGCAAAGGCUGGAGCAGGUCCUAAACCAAUUCCCCAUAAAGAACUAACAACAACUAAUCUUGCUACUGCUAUUAUUGCCGCACUUGAACCUGGCGCCAAAUGCCAAGCGGAAGAGCUGGGGACAAGAAUUAGGCACGAAAAUGGCGUAGCUGAAGGGACCAAAUCAUUCCAUAAACAACUUCAUGUCAACUCAUUACGUUGUAUGCUUAUUCCUAGUAGGCCUGCAGAAUGGUUUGUUAAACAUACAAACAUUCGCCUGAGCUCGUUAGCAGUAACAACCCUUGCGAACGAGGGAAUUUUGGAUCUUAGUGACCUCAAAUUAUACCGGCCCCGGGAGUAUGAUACGGAACCUGGACCCCGAGACCCAAUAACUGGAGGAGCUACUGCCUUAAUAGAGACCCUUGGAGAUUUUACAGUGGGUUUUGCUGAUAUUCCAGCUGAAAUUUUGAAGGCUGUGACACGACCCCGUGCGAAGGGGAAGUCAAAAUCUGGAUCAAAUUCACCUAAAAUGGCUGCUCAAAGGUUCUCUACGAAAGCAACCUCUCCUUUAGUUGAAGCCUCCACGGCUACUCUUUCAACAACCGAAACUGCCUCUGACUCUGGAACUGUUGUAGCUGUCGGGGAAGAGAGCCCAGAGAAUGGAAACGGACUGACAUCGAAUUCUGCUUGCCCAGAGCGUGAGACCAGUAUCGGCGAAGCCAAAAGCCAUAGUAUUUCUGCAGCUGAUAUCAUAAGCGCGGGGCACGCAGCAACGAAAUUUAUCAAUCUGGGCCUCAAGUCUCCAAUGAGCUUCACUUUAGGGAUAUCAAAAGGGUUCCACAACGCCCCCAAACUGUAUGGAGACAAGACCGUGAGAGAGCCUCCAAAGGUAACAGGCUUCCAUAGCGGAAUUAGAGCUGCUGGAAAGGAGCUUGGCUAUGGAUUAUACGACGGAAUUACGGGCUUGGUUACCCAACCCCUUGCUAGACGAAAGGAUGGAGUUGGUGGUGUCAUGAAAGGUUUUGGAAAAGGCAUCGGUGGCCUGAUACUCAAGCCCGGAGCAGGUAGCUAUAGAUUCCUUAAAUUUCUUGACGGCAGCGAUUCUGAUAGUUCCUCCGCAGGGUUUUUUGCUGUGACUGGCUAUACCAUGAGCGGUGUUUACAAAGAAAUCCAAAAGCGUUUGGGGUCAAGCGUCGAAAAUUAUAUCAUUGCCUGUCGAAGUAUAGAGGGAUACGAAGAAUGGAGUAGGUCUACCAAGGUUGAACGUGACACGGUUAUCCAAUCAUGGUAUUCCCUCAGCGACAACCCAGCUGUGAAAGGAAGAAAGUCGACAUUCUCAUCCGAGUCAAAGACAUUAUCACGUAGAAUUUUUGAUCCCUCGCACCUGUCACUACAUACGUGGGAGGCCACCAGGGACAGCACUUCAUCUGGAGAUGAAAACCUUCCUUCCGAAGGAUUGUUCCAGAGAUCCCGUUCGACCAGGCAGAAAAAACGACAUUCAAUCCAUCAAAUUAUUUACCGCCUGCACCGUGACCUCAGCCCCUCAGUUUCUGGCGAAAUCGAAAAAGCAAUCCUCGACUCCGUUAAGCAGUCAUCUACAGGAAACUCGGAAGAUGAUAAGAUGAUCGAGCGUGCCAUCCGAGCCAGUAUUGCUGAGCUGCAAGCGGCAGAGGCAGAUGGGAAAGACGAGCAGGAGGCCUACGCUCGGGCAAUCAGCGCGAGUAUCGAGGAGGCAAGCCUAGUGCGGCAGGAUCAAGCGCAUGGAAAUGAUCUGCGUGAUACGCGACAUGGCGUAACAAACCUUGAUGGUUCGUCCACGGCAGAUCCCAGCAGGCAUGACACAUAUUGCGACGCAGAUAGUGAUCUUGAACGUACUGAGAAGCUGCGCAGAGCGAUUGCGGAAAGCUUGAAUAUGGAGACGGGGGGCCACUCCAUCCCAAUGAUAUAA